AUGGCCUUGCAUCGUAUCAACACCAUGAUAGACGACAACCCCGAAGAUAGGCAGACGAAGAUCCAUAUCUUUUGGAUGAUUUACAUGUUUGACAAGACGCUUUCCCUACGUUUGGGCCGCUCCAGUAUCCUCCAGGACUGGGACAUAUCGCUGCCGUUUGUAGUAUCCAGCGACCCUAACGACAAGCACGCCGAAUCAAGCGCCUUCUUGUCAUACUGGAUCAAGGUUGCGCGGGUCCAGGGCUUGACAUACGAGAAGCUAUUCUGCCCUGCCGCCUUUCAGAAGUCACCGGAAGAGCGAACUCGAAUCGCAAUCGAACUUGUCAACAGCCUAAACCAAGCCUGGUAUGAGCGUGGGGAUGCGUCGAUCGUUGAUUUUGCGCAACAAGGCAAUACGUACCAUAUCGGUGCGCAACGAUCGAACAAGAUAGGCCACAGUCCGAAUGAGACACCGCUUCCAUCUCAAUAUAAGCGCUACGUUCACAGGUCCAAGGGUGUAGGAUCUGAAGUUAAUGAAUACGUCCAGGGUUCUUUCGAACGAGUCCAGGACAUCUUCUUCCACUCCGAUGUCGUCAUGCACUACUCAACAUGCGCACUCAUACAGCGCGCGGUCAGCCCAAACAAUAUGAGCUUCAAUCAGGAGUGCCUCGAAUCUUCGAGAGCGGCUCUUGUAGCGCAUAUGAGGGCUAGCACACAGUUCAACAAGAAGGGCCAAGAGGACUUGUGGUCGGGAUACGUACACUGGUCGGUGCUCCAGGCACCCUUCACCCCUUUCAUCGUAAUUUUCUGCCACUCCAUUCAAAAGGCAGAUACGUUGGACGUUGAACCAGACCUGAACUCUCUUGCCGACUUCGUCGCAAGCCUCGAAUCUUGCCGCACGAUUUCCGAAGGUGCAGACAAGCUCUACAAGAUGUGCCACCUCUUUCUACGAGUCGCCAGACUCUACGUCACGGCUAAGAAGCAGGACGCUGCGUCGAGAUCACGAGGUGUCAUGCAGACUAACCAGUCAGGAUACUACACGACCGUUGAUGGCACACAGCUGGACCUCAGCGCCAUGGCUCAGUUCGACCCAUAUCUUAACGCACUUGGUUUGAUGCCUGAUACCGCAUGGCCCACGACAUAUCCCAACGCUUCGACUGCAUCAACAACGACCGCGUUUGGGCAAGGCGAGGCGAUGAAUAACAUGGAGGCCGUUGGUUCGUCAGGCUUCGGUUUUGGAGCGUCUCAGGGAAAUUCCAAUCCCAUGCAGGAAUGGUUCUCAGGCUCACGCUAUCUCAUGAAUCUUAUGGAGCCAGGCGACGAUCUACAAAUGCCGGAUCUAGACCUGUAA